UUCAAAAUUCGCAAGUUGCAACUUGCAACUUGAAUUUCGCCAAAAUAAUUACGCACUUUUGUUUAAUCACUAAUUUUUGUUGUAAUUUUGUUUAUUUUCGUAAUCAAAUGUAAAAAAAAUGUCAACAAUAAAACUAUUACAAAUUCAAGGAAUCCGUAGUUUUGGCACAAAAGCUGAAGAUGUUCAACAAAUAAAAUUCUCUUCACCAGUCACUUUAAUUCUGGGUGAAAAUGGUUGUGGCAAAACAACAAUCAUUGAAUGCUUAAAAUAUGCCUUGACCGGUGAAGCUCCACCGGGCAGUGGCCGCGGCCAACACUUUGUCCACGAUCCAACAAUUUUUGAUUUUUCUGAAAGUUUAGCGAAGAUUGUUUUGGAAGUUCAAAAUAUUCGCGGAGAGGAACAAUCUGUGACCCGUGCCAUGAAGUUGUGUUAUAAACGAGGUAAACUUUCUUUUGAAACUUUAGAUGGAACCAUAAGCUUUGGAGAUGGAUCCAUUAGCAGACGGUGUAUCGAUGUUGAUAUUGCAAUGUGUAAUUUUAUGGGUGUUUCCAAGGCAAUUAUCAACAAUGUUAUCUUUUGCCAUCAAGAAGAAUCCAGUUGGCCUCUGGAUGAAGCCAAAAAACUUAAAGAAAAGUUCGAUGCUAUAUUCGGAAUCACAGAAUAUAAUAAAGCCAUUGAAAAGUACAUGAAAAUGAGAAAGGAUCAAAUGGUCGAGCUUAAAGUCAAAGAAACCAAUUUAAAGUACCUCAGUCAUUUGAAGAAGCAAUUGGAAGAUAAAAACAUUGAUCUUCAAAAUGCCCAUGAAAAAUACAACGCCAUCAAAGACAAAUGCAACAAAUUCGACGAAGAGAUGAAACCCAUUGACGAGCGAUUGUUGGAAAUUAGAAAAGUUGAAUAUGAAGUUGGUAAACAACAAGCUUUAAAAGUUGAACUAGAAACUAAACAAAAAAACUGUCACGAUCAAAUUACAGGACUGACAAAAAAGAUCAAAAAACCAUUCCAAGGGAGUAUUCAUGAAUUAGAUCGAGAAAUUCGAUUGUUUUGUGAAAAAAUGUCUGAAAAAAGAUUAGAGAAGCAAGAACUAGAAGAUAAACUAGCCUCGUUAGUUGGUCAAGAAAAGAAAAUCCAAGUAACUUUGGCAGAGCUAGAUCGCAAGGGCUGUUCUUUGAUUCAGCAGCGACAAAAAGAACAAGAAAACACUGCAGAAAGAGCUGAUAAGAUGCGCAAACUCUGUGAGAAUGUGAAUAUUCAGUUGGAUUUCGAUCUAGAGGAAUCUGUUGAAAGAGUUCCGGAAACAUUGAAUCGAAUAAAAGCGGCAUUGCAAAGUGAAGAGAAGAAAAUCAAAGAUUUGCAAAUCGGUCAUGAUAAGGCUGAUCAUGAGAAGCAACAGCAGAUUGAUGAAUUGCGCGUGACAAAGGCGAAAAUUGAAAGUGAUAUUGAGGCUAAGCGGAAACAGAAAGACCAAAACGAAAGAGACAUUCGUAAAAUUGAAAAAGAAGUUAGCGAUGUUGAAGCCUCAACAAACAUGCUAAAAAAGGUUACCGAAAUGAUUGCACAAGCCACAGAAUGCUAUAAUAAAGCAUCAGAAAAAAUGAAUCAAGAAGACUUAAAAAAGAACAUAGCCGAUCGAAAAACAAAUGUAGCUCGUCUACAAGAGCGUUUUCGCACCCUCGAUAGUCAACUUACGUUCCUUAACUCAAUUUCAAAACUAACUGCCGAAAUAAAUUUAAAAGAGAAAGAAUUGGAAAAGAAAGAACAAGAAGUUCGGCGUGUACGAAGUAAGCAUAGUGAUAAUUUUAAAAAGCUCUUCGACCAACCAGUAGAUUCCAAUUACAAACGAAAACUUCAACAAACGUAUGAAAAACUACAGCGAGAGGUUAAACAGUUGACUGAAAAAAUUAACAAAUUAAAAUUACAAGAACAAGGUUUGGAGAUCAAACGAAAGACACAAAAAGAUGAGCUUACUCGAUGGGAGAAAGAGUUAGCAGAUUCGAAGGAUACAAUUUAUGAGAAAUGCCAUUCUACGCCUUAUGAAGAGUUGCUAGCCAAGUGUAAGGAAACUAUUGCCAAAUUACAGCUUGAUCAUGGAGCUCUUAAGUCAUCUGAGGCUAUGUACAAAAAAUAUAUCAAAAAAAUUGAAGAAGAUCCGCACUGCCCACUAUGUCACAAUGGAAUGUCUGAAAAUGAGGCAUCAACUCUAACUUCAGAGCUUACUGAUGAGAUUCAACGUCUCCCAGACAACAUUGAUCGAACAGAAAAGCUUUUAAAAGUUGAGCAGAAAAAGUAUGAAUCUCUUAUCGCAUUGCGGCCAGUAAUCGAAAAAGUAGAACGCCUUGAAAAAGAUAUACCAACACGAAAAGCUGAUCUCAGGAAGCUUGAAGAGAAUCUUGGCCGAGUCGCAGAGGAGUCUGAAUCUAGUCAAAUGCUUCAAAUUGAACCAAACUCUAAUUUGGAUCUUGCUAAUUCGAUGAUGGGUGAUAUGAGUCUUUUAGAUGAAGCUAUCAAGGAAGUUACACGUCUUCAAAGUGAAUUGACAAAGCUUAAGGCUAAACUUCCUGAAGGUGGACCAAAUGGUUCAAUUGAAGACGUUCAAUUGGAGAAGACAACUGUCUCCGCGGAGCUUGAAAAUGAACGAAGUAUCUUAGAAAAGAAUCAAAUCGAUUAUGAAAAAGGAAACGAUACUUUAAAUGCUCUACGGGAAGAACGAAAUAAGUUGAAAGACAAGCAAAUCAAAUUACAAGAAGGUGUUCAGUCACUUCCACAACUAAAAGAGCGGCAAGUUGAAUUACGAAAACAAAUUGAUGCAAAUGCCCUCGAGAUGACAAAACUCCAACAGCAAUUGCAACCACUGAGACAGAAACUCGCUGUUUCCAUUGAAGAAAAACAACGUUUGAAGGAUUCUAAUCGGAAAAUGGUGCUACAAUUGCAAGGAAAAUUGGACUCGAUGAAAAAUUUGGAUCAUGAUAUUCAGAGACUUAAUCGUGAUUUAAUUGAACUUGGUAAACUUAAUCUAGCCGAAGAAAUUGAGCGUCUUAAAAACUCUAGAAAACGUUAUCAAGACGAGUCUGCUGCAAAGACCAAAGAAAUUUCCAAGACAUCACAAGCUCUAGAAGCGGCUAAAAUUGAAGUCCACAAUCAAGACGCUUUGGAACGUGAUCUCAAUGACAAUCGUGAACUUAAGGAACUCCAACAGAAAGCUGCCAAGCUCGAUGACGAGCAAAAAGAUUUAAUGAAAAUUCUAGGUGAUUUAGAUUUCCGACGUGUUUCGAAGGAAAAAGAAGAACUAAUAAAAAAACGUGAUCAAGCAACUGUUCGCAAAGGUGAACUUCUUGGUCAAAUGGGUGAGGUUAACAAUCAGAUCAAUAAGCUGAAGCGUGAAAUUGAAGAGCCGAAUUUGAAAGAUUCGGUUCAGAAACAUCGACGUAGUCUCUAUGAAGUGGUGGUCCUCAAGAAGGUUAUUGCAGAUCUUGGCCAGUACAGGCUUGCCUUAGAAUGGGCUCUAAUGAAAUUCCAUUCGGAGAAAAUGCAGAAAAUUAAUAGUUUGAUACGAGAGUAUUGGCGUCAAAUCUAUCGUGGUAAUGAUAUCGAUUAUAUUCAAAUUCAAACCGAUGAAAAUAAGGUUUCUGAGACGUCAGCUGAUCGAAAGAGGAGUUAUAAUUAUCGAGUUAUUCAGUCGAAGAAUAAUUCAGAAAUUGAAAUGCGUGGUCGUUGUAGUGCUGGCCAGAGAGUUUUAGCUUGUUUGAUUAUUCGAAUGGCAUUGGCUGAAACGUUUAGUUGUAAUUGUGGUGUUUUGGCAUUGGAUGAACCUACAACUAAUUUGGAUCAGACAAAUAUUUUGUCGCUUUGUGAGGCUCUCAAUAGAAUUGUAGAGGAAAGACAAACGCAGAGUAAUUUUAUGCUCAUCAUUAUUACUCACGAUGAAGGAUUUAUCUCUAGGUUGGGACGAGUCAAAACUUAUCAUCGUGUUUCAAGGAAUAUGUAUGGCAAAUCAGUGAUUGCUAAACAUAGAGUUAACUGAGUUAUUUAUUUAAGUGUUUUUUUUUUCUUUGCAUUCCAUUAUCGUUUUGUUUUAUUAAACUGCCAUGAAGUAUCAUUUUAUGUUUUUUUUUGUCUAAGUUUUUCUACAGAUUUAUGUUGUUUUCUUACAUGUUUCACAUAAUGUUAUUAAUAAAUAAAAACACCGAACA